UGCUGGCGACUGGACGUCGGGACUCGAGCCGAGUGGAGGAGAACUCAAGAACCCAAGAAAGAAAACACCUCUAACAAGGAGUGAGUAAAGUUAAAAGUGAGAGCGAUCGGAAAUCGAAAUCGAAAACGAAAGUGAUGUCGGCAGCAGCAGCAGAUACUUGGAUGCCCUCGGCGGAGAGCCUGGGCCUUCUGCUCAUCCCCGGCCUGCUCAUCCUGGUGAUCCUCUAUCUGUGCGAGCACCAGUACGAUGACAUUAUAGGGGUCACGCCGCCGGGACCCUGGGGCCUGCCCUUCGUGGGCUAUUUGCCCUUUUUGAACGCCCGGGCGCCGCACAAGUCGCUCCAGGCGCUGGCCAAGCGGUACGGCGGCAUCUUCGAGCUGAAGAUGGGCAGGGUGCGAACGGUCGUCCUGUCGGAUGCCAAUUUGGUCAGGGAUUUCUUUCGGCGCGACGUGAUGACCGGCAGGGCUCCGCUCUACCUGACGCACGGCAUUAUGGGUGGUUAUGGCAUCAUUUGCGCCCAGGGUGACAUUUGGCGGCAUGCACGACGCGAGACCAUCGAUUGGUUGAAGGCCCUGGGCAUGACCCGUCGACCGGGGCAGCUGAGGGCCCGACUGGAGGAGCGCAUCGGUCGGGGAGUCGACGAGUGCGUCCGGCUUUACGAGGCUGAGGCGGAACAGAGCUGUGGCUCGGAAUUGAACCCGCAACCGGCUCUGCACCACACGCUGGGCAACAUAAUCAACGACCUGGUCUUCGGCAUCACCUACAAGCGCGACGAUCCCGACUGGCUGUACCUGCAGAAGCUGCAGGAGGAGGGCGUCAAGCUGAUUGGCGUCUCGGGGGUGGUCAACUUCCUGCCCUGGCUGCGCCACCUGCCGGAGAACGAGCGCAACAUCAGCUUUCUGCUGGAGGGCAAGGCCAGGACGCACGCCAUCUAUGAUCACAUAGUGGCGGCAUGUGCCAAGCGGCUGGCGGAGAGGCAGAGGGAGUUCAAGGAGCGCCAGGAGCAGAGGCGGCGGGAGAGGGAGCAGGAGAGGGAGCAGGAGAGGGAGCAGGAAAAGGAGCAGGAGAAGGAGGAGGCUGCGGAGGAGCAGAUGCCGCAGGAGAACGAUGAGGAGCUGGAAACCGACGAAGAGGACAGCGACGGGGAUGAGUACGAGCCGCAGAGCAUCCUGGAGCACUUCCUCAUCCACCAGGAUCGCGAAUCGCAGCUGACCUGCGACGACCAGUUGCGCCACCUGUUGGCCGAUCUCUUUGGCGCCGGCGUGGACACCUCGUUGGCCACUUUGCGUUGGUUCCUCCUUUACUUGGCCCGCGAACAGCGCUGCCAGCGUCGCCUGCACGAGCUCCUCCUCCCGCUGAGCUUGAGACCAACGCUCGAGGAACUGGAGCCGCUGACCUACCUGAGGGCCUGCAUCUCGGAGACAUUGCGCAUCCGCAGUGUUGUGCCGCUGGGCAUUCCGCAUGGCAGCAAACAGAACUUCACCAUGGGCGACUAUCACAUUAAGCGCGGCUCGAUGAUUGUCUCGCUGCAAUGGGCCAUCCACAUGGACCCGGUGGCCUUCCCCGAACCGGAGGAGUUCCGGCCGGAACGCUUCCUCACACCCGAGGGCGCCUACGCGGCGCCACCGCAGUUCAUCCCCUUCUCGGCGGGCAACCGAAUGUGUCCCGGCGACGAGAUGGCCCGCAUGAUGCUCACCCUCUUUGCCGGACGCAUCCUCAGGCGCUUCCACCUGGAGCUGCCGGCGGACUGCGAGGUUGACAUGGAGGGCGAGAGCGGCAUCACCCUGACCCCCGCCCCCCACAGGCUGCGCUUCACCAGGCUGCCGGCGGUGGAGAUGCGCGAGGAGCCUGACGGAGCGGUGGCCUAGGAACCGGGGAUUGCCUGUCAAUUUUAUCGCACUCUUUUUUUUUGUA